ACAGCGGACGGACCAAUCUCGUAGAUACAGCGCAUGCGCGGAAACCAAUAUGGUUUGUUACAUGACAGUUUUUCUCGAGGUAAAUUCAGUGUAAACUUUACACAAGAAGACAAGCACAGUGGUGCAAUGGCAGGAGAAGAGCAGGAGAGCAAGAACAAGGGUUUCAGGCUGCUGGGGAUUCUAGAUGUCCAGAACACUCCGUGUGCCAGAGAAGCCGUCCUGCACGGAGCCGGGGGCUCACUGGCUGCGGGCCUGCUGCACUUUAUAGCCACGAGUCGGGUGAAGAGGUCUUUUGACGUGGGAUUUGCAGGCUUCAUGCUCACCACUGUUGGGUCCUGGUUGUACUGCAGGAUGAACAACGCUAAGCUUCGUGUGCAGCAGAGGAUGAUCCAGGAUGGCAUCAAGAACAAGGUCGUGUACGAGGGGACCGCUCUCGACCCCACAAUCAAACCUGGAGCAGAAACUCCCCCGGGGCCCUCGUGACCUCCGACGCUUGUAAUCCUGCCGCUGUAAGAACUGGGAGGAGAAGAGAGGACGCUGUCGGGGGCUUCAAAGGCUCAACAUACACUGUUUUCAAAAGACUGACUUCAGCGGGGAACUUCUUCUCAGAACUUAUUAAUAUUUGCCUUAUUUGAGCUCAGUCAACAUCAGAGACGUCUUGUUGAUGUUUCUUUUGCUUUUCAUCUCAGUCCUCUCUCUUAAUAUUAAGUGUUAUCUGAUGCUUCGUUGUAUUUCUGAUCAUUCUUUCCUACAUCAUAGAGCUGCACCGUGCAAACCGAGCGUCCGGUAAGCCCUCAUCAAAGUGUGUGUUCGACAGCUCUGCAGCGCUGCAGCUCUGCUUUGAGAAGAUUAGACCUUCAAUGCAGGUUUCCUUAAAUGGUUUCCUUACGGAGCCCCAAAGUCUCGCACGCGCAGGAUGACAAAUCUCACUUUUUGCGGGACUUUAGGGACUCCGUGCAAACAAGAUGAGAACAAACAAUAACUCUAUACCUAUCUAUAUAAACUAUUUCUUGGCUGAGGAUGCUACGACACAAGCGGAUGGAUACGGUUCAUAAAGAAAUAGUUCCAGCUCCUAAAACCUCCAAUUGACGUUUUUACAUUUCUGUAUAAAGAAAGGAGACACGACGUAUGCUUUGAACACACACGGACAUGAGACUGGUAUUCUCAAACGUUAAACUAUCCCUCUCAUGAUCCCUUCACCUCUCGGACCGCCGGGGAACAAAUCAGGCAGCAGGAAGCGGCGAUAACUCACCAAGCUGAUGAAAAUGAGGACGAGCUGUAUGAUGUCUGUGUAGGCCACAGAGUACAGACCUCCCAUCAGGGUGUAGGUGAUGGCCACCGCAGCAGAGAUCCAGAUGCUCACAGUGUAGGACAGAUUCAGGAUCACACUCAUGGUAACACCUGGCAGACGCAACACAACAGUGUUUUACACACACUGUCUGUGAGACUCAUUUACACACGUCAUGCUCUUCAUUACAAACUCGUGCUUUAUAAUUCUCAUGUAUCCAGUCGUGCGUCACUUCUUCACAAACACGUCUUAACUACAACAUUCCUCGUGUUUUAUAUAUUAAGGUUUUAGACUUGGAUUAAAGGUGUGACCGUUUGUAAACACUAUCGGUUUGCUGUUUUUGGAUUCUUCAUCAAACGCCUUCUUCAAGAAUUCAAGGUAACACGGGGUGAGAAGUUCAAAUGCUCAUGUUGUGGGUGAAAUGUCCCUUUAAGAUGAAGUAAGAUGGUUCCCAUGCUGAGGUGGAGUCAGAGCCUGAAAGGGAUCUUGAACUCCUCUGGGAUUGAAAGGAUGGGCGAUGCAGGAUUUGGUUAUCUUAUCCUUAUUUAAAUAGUUUGCUUAGGGAAGGUUUGCAUAGGAGUUAUGUUCUUGUUCACAAGUUCACACCCUGAAAUCUGUGAAACGGCCUCUUCAAGUCUCUUAUCAAAUCAUCUGACUUGGUGAUAAAUGCACCACUUAGUUCUUUGGAAACAAACGUCUGGAGCCUGUUGGAGCACAUUUCUUUUACAUAAACUUAUCACAUGGA